AUGGGUUCGUGCUACGCUAAACAAGAGAAAAGUGCCAAAACCGCAGUCGAACCCACCGAUCAAUGGAAAUCCGGCAACAGAAAUUUUCGUCUAAACCGUCGUAAAGAAUUUAUAAUACAAAUGCAAAUUAUUUAUCAUCGAAAAGCAGCUGAAGCGCCUAUAUUGACAAUUAAUAAAAGCAGCUUGUAUCAUAAGCGAUUAAAUAAGGCUCAAAGUUUGUCAAAAAAUGAGAAUUUGUAUCAAAAUCAGGCUGUCAGCUGUUUCUAG